UGUACACAAGAGAAGGAGGGAGAGAGAGAGGGAGAGAGACAGAGAGCGGGGGAUCAGGUAAAGCUGCGGGCUGCUGCAGCCCCUCCGCACGCGGGAGCUGGAACUUGCCAAGGAUGCAGAAGGAAAUGAAGAUGAGCAAAGAAGAGGAUGUGCACUUCACUCUGGGUGUGAAGAGGGCUCCCUCUUUCCCCCAUUGCCUGCCGCCGCCGGUGGGGUCCCGGGAAAAGCCCCCCCUGAGGCACCCCUUCCCAGAGGCUCUCCGUGGCCAUUUCCCCCAGUUUCGAUAUGAACCCUCUCCGGAAGACCUAGACGGGUUCCCCGGGGACUUCGAAGGAGGAGGGUCUCGCAAACGGAAGAGCGUGCCCACCAAGAUGCCCUCCAGCCACCCCGAGGAAGAAGCGCCCCUGGCUGUCCCCUCGGAGGAGAACGAAAACCCCGGCUCGGCGAACCUCCCUUCACAGUUCCCGCAGCCCCCGCGCCCCAAGUACGACUCCCGUAUGAUCGAUCUGUGCCACGUGGGCCUCCAGUUCUGCCGCCCCCUGGAGCCCCUGGGGGGCAAGCCCAUCAAGCAGGAGCCCGUGAAGCCCAGCGCCGUGUGGGCCCAGCCGAGCCCCGCGCCCUUCCUGCCCGCGCCCUACCCCUACUACCCCAAGGUGCACCCCGGCCUCCUGUUCCCCUACUUCCUGCCCGCCUCCUCCCCCUUCCCCUUCAGCCGGCACCCCUUCCUGCCCAAGCAGCCCCCUGAGCCGGUGCUGCCUCGCAAAGUGGAGCCCCGGGAGAGCGAGGAGGCCAAGCAGAAGGUGGAGCGGGUGGACGUGAACGUGCAGAUCGACGACAGCUACUACGUGGACGUGGGCGGCGCGCAGAAGCGCUGGCAGUGCCCCACCUGCGAGAAGUCCUACACCUCCAAGUACAACCUGGUGACCCACAUCCUGGGCCACAGCGGGAUCAAGCCGCACGCGUGCACCCGCUGCGGGAAGCUCUUCAAGCAACUCAGCCACCUGCACACGCACAUGCUGACGCACCAGGGCACGCGGCCCCACAAGUGCCAGGUGUGCCACAAGGCCUUCACGCAGACCAGCCACCUGAAGCGCCACAUGAUGCAGCACAGCGAGGUGAAGCCGCACAACUGCCGCGUGUGCAGCCGCGGCUUCGCCUAUCCCAGCGAGCUCAAGGCCCACGAGGCCAAGCACGCCAGCGGGCGCGAGAACAUCUGCGUGGAGUGCGGCCUCGACUUCCCCACGCUGGCCCAGCUCAAGAGGCACCUGACCACCCACCGGGGCCCCAUCCAGUACAACUGCUCCGAGUGCGACAAGACCUUCCAGUACCCGAGCCAGCUGCAGAACCACAUGAUGAAGCACAGGGACAUCCGGCCCUACAUCUGCUCCGAGUGCGGCAUGGAGUUCGUGCAGCCGCACCACCUCAAGCAGCACUCGCUCACCCACAAGGGCGUGAAGGAGCACAAGUGUGGCAUUUGUGGGAGGGAGUUCACCCUGCUGGCCAACAUGAAGAGACACGUGCUGAUUCACACCAACAUCCGCGCCUACCAGUGUCACCUCUGCUACAAGAGCUUCGUGCAGAAACAGACCCUGAAGGCUCACAUGAUCGUCCACUCUGACGUGAAGCCGUUUAAGUGCAAGCUGUGUGGGAAGGAAUUCAACCGGAUGCACAACCUGAUGGGCCACAUGCACCUGCACUCGGACAGCAAGCCCUUCAAGUGCCUCUACUGCCCGAGCAAGUUCACCCUGAAGGGAAACCUGACUCGCCACAUGAAAGUCAAGCACGGGGUCAUGGAACGCGGCCUUCACUCGCAAGGCUUUGGAAGGGGAAGGCUUGCCCUGGCUCAGACGGCAGGUGUCCUGAGGAGUCUGGAACAGGAGGAGCCCUUUGACCUUUCCCAGAAGCCCCGGGUGAAGAGGCCAGCCUUCCACUCUGAUGGGGAGAGUGCCCGGGGGAGCUCCUGCCAUGAGGAGGAAGAGGAGGAGAACUGCUAUGAGGUUGAACCCUCCAGCCCUGGCCUUGCUCCCCAGAGCAAGCAGCACUGCUCACCCCAGGAUCUAUCCAGAAAGCCCAAGCAGGCCUCAAGGUCUCUUGGAGAGCCCAGUGAGGAGGAAGAGGCCGUGCAGAAAGAAGCGCUGGAGGAGAGGCGCGGAGACACUCCUGAUGCGGAGGGCGGUCAGGAGCGAGUGUUUGCCCACCGAGAGGAGCGGCUGAGCCGCAGGGCUCUGCAGAGCGCCCGGCGGGGCCCCUCUUUCUCUGAUUACUUAUACUUUAAGCACAGGGAUGAGAGCCUAAAAGAAUUACUGGAGAGGAAAAUGGAAAAACAAGCUGUGCUUUUAGGUAUCUAAGUGGACCGUUUUAACAUCGCGUCUGGAAAUGAGAAUGAAGAGUUUCAAAUAUAGCUUUCUGCAUGAAUUGUAAUUUGCUGGGGACUGGCCGGUGUUGCAAAUCUUGACAAACGGCUCAGACCCAAUGAACAGGGACAGGCCAAGGUCAUGCCGGUGCCUCUCAGGACGUUUGCUGGGCUCUCCUCAGCACUGGGAACACACGAGCAGGGACUUCUCAGGUGUGGUUUUGUUGUCAGCUCAGUAUAAAAAACUGUGCAUAUUCAUCUGGGUAUCUGGUUGAAGCUGACUCUGAGGUGCUUUUAGAAAUUCUCUUUUCCUUUGACUAAUAUGCAAUACAUGACAGAUUUCUUGGUAGCUGCAAAAUAUGGUGCUUCACCUGUUACCUUAUUAAUAACUGUAGGGACCCUUAGUUGUUGAAUUCAUGAGAGCGAUCAUAGUUUUUUCAGAAAAAUGGAAACCGUGGUAGGUUUCAUUUAAAACUACUUUUUUAGUAUACAUAAAAAAUAAUCUGUAUUAAAAAUAAAUUAAAAAUGACAGAGGAGGGUGCGUCUCAAGUAUGACCAGAGGCUGGCAUGGACUGGUGGUUGUAGAAAGAACAUUUCAGGAGAACAGGCAUCCUUUGGACUAAGGAAGCACCAGCAAUCCUCCGAUUACAGCCGGCGUCCGUCUCGUUCUCUUCUCUACCUUCAUCAGACGGUAGAGAUACGCUUUCAGCUGUCUCAGAGGUGCCCAGGGGUUCCCACUCUUCUGACUGCAGGCAGUCCUGGCGGAGCCCCCUCCUGGAGACCAUUGCUGCCUGGCGUGGGCGUCUCAUAUCCCUCAAAGUCGCUUUAGGAAGAGGGUCUUCAUGGGAAUAGAUUUCUUCCCGGUGCUAGACCGAGGAGGGAAGUUCUCCCUGAAACCCAAACCCCAGCUUAUUUGGAAUAAGUUUUAGAAUCAUGAUCAGUUUGUCGUUAAUCAAUGAGACAGCGAGCUGGGUUCUCAAUCCAGGUUGUGCCGCAGAACCACCUGGGGAGGCUUCUGAACAAAAGGCCGAGGAUCCGCUUCUGAAGAGCCAUCGAGUGAAAACCCUGCUGACACAGCUCUGGCCUGACACGCGAACACACGGGACCACAACAAGCCGGAGUUGCCUUGAUAGCACCGGUUAUUUUAGGCUGUGUUUUCGUUUGUUUCCUUGAAACAAGUUGUUGCUUUUCUGGUUUGGUUUUGUUUUGUUUUGUGGAGGGAGACUGUGUAAAGGCGCCAGUGCCCAAGCUCAUGCUCAGGGAUUCCAAUGCUAUGCCUUUGCGAUGGAGGCUCCAGCGUUGCUAUCUUCCAACUUCCUCCAGCCGUUUGGUAUGGGCGACCCAGAGUUGAGAAAGAUCGACUGAGCUAAAAUACUCCUCACCCAUUUCUCUGGACUCCAGGACCCUCUACCAGGGGCUCUGUAAAUAUUUCCCUUCCUGGCUUCUGGCGCAUUAAGGCAAAGAACACGACACCUCAUAAUCUUACUGCUGCCUCGGUUUUCUUACCUGUUCUAUGAAAGGUUCCACAUACACACACACACACACACUUUAUACAGAAGUAUACUUUUCACAAUCGAAGAUGACGCCUGUGAUGGUCAUGGUCAUUUUAUAGAUUUGACAAUGCAAGGUAAACUACUACAGUGUCUCUUUCUGCCCACUUAUUUGAACCAUGAUUCCAGGAGUGAUGAUGAUAUCAAUCGUGUGUUGGACCUAACUGCCUUGCUGAGUGUUGAGUACAAAGGAAUGGACCCCCGGGAUGCUGCUCACCUAGGACCCGGCAUAGGCAGUGACCCUACUGGUGCUCUCUGUGGGUAGGUCAGAAGUGCCUCUCUGCUGGUAGUUCAGCGCUUCCUGUCGUGCUCGGGACGGCUUGCGAGUUUGCUCCUCUCCUUCCAGAGUCCCUAGCACGUUCUUUCGGAAGACCUGCCCAUCUUUGACAGACGGGUGCCACUUUCUCCUGUGGGCUCAGGGGUUUCUCCAGCCUCUCUUCCUCACCAUCCACCCCUGGGCUCCAUCACACCAUGAUGCAUUGCCCUUGCCUAAAACCCCACUACCACCGUGAGCAACCCCACACAGCAAUAAAGCUGCCUGAGAUUCCAGCUGGCACCACGGCCUGCGUUCACACAAUGGAGAGGGGCAGGGGAGAGAGAAUAGGAGGGUCUCUGCUGUUACGAGUGCCGCUUUGGAUUGUGAACCUGUUCCAAGUCCUCUUAAACCGUGUUGAAGCUCCUAGGGCUCGGGCAGAAUGGUCUGUCAGACCGUCAGCUUUCUGAGUCCUGGCAUCGAUUCAGCAGCCAAGGGGUUGAGGACCUCCUGGGUGUCCUUCCUGACCACGUGCUCCAGACUGCCAGUUUGUUCCGGGUGUGCCUAACUGCAGUAAGCCUCGGAACUGUAGUGCGCCUGCAUGCUUUCUGACCCAAAAAAGUCAUGUGAGAAAUCAAAGGGGAGUAUAGGAGGAACCAGUUAAUGUUGAGACGGAGAGAGUAGAGUUUAGAAUGAUGGUCUCCAAGCUGGGUUGGAAGGUGCCGUGGUCCCUGUCGGGCCCCUCCAGAACUGCUGGGGGAGAAGACACUCUUAGCCCCCAUGCCUACUCCACUCAGAGCAGCUCGGAUUUCAUCUGUUUUAUGUUAGAGCCCCAAGUACAGUUGAGUACAAUUUCAUUUGGAGGGAGGGGAAGUGUCUAAGGAAAGGGAUAAAGCUAUGUGCAAGACUGCACGCCAAGGUCUGUUUUCAGUUCUUGGCUUCGAGUCUGAGAGUUUUAAUUAGAUUUUAUGCUGACCGGCUGAGAACUAAGACGACAACCAUGGUUUGGGAUUUCUAUGACCUCAUGCAAUUCUUGGUCUGGGGUGACCAGGGUCCUGGUUUUCCUGAGACAAACCUAGCUUAUGCCUAUUGUGCACAUCAUUUCUAACAAAGCAAUGAACGCAGUCACUGAGUCAACUCCAAAGCAUCAUGACCUCGUAUCAGGUUUCCGAGGUGGUUCAUCUUCAUGGAAGCAAACAGCCUCAUCUUCCUCUCACGCAGCAGCUGGUGUAUUGGACCUGCUGACCUGGCAGUUAUCAAUCCAAUGCUUACCACACAGUGCCACUAAGAGUGUCAUCUUAAGUCUCGAAAGGAUCCCAGUUUGGAUGACAAUUUAAAUGGGAGUCCUAUGCGUGAAGGCAGCACUCAGGAUGAAUUGGCUACCCUUGCUUACUGGGCUGAUCGCCCCAUACAAACUUGAAGGAGGACCCUCCAAGGACAGCCUCAGAGAAUUAAGGGAUGAAGCCUUCAAGGAUUAUCAAUGCUGCCAGCGCCAUGACCGCGUGGCAUACAGCACAUGGUAACCCUUUGAAAAUAGGUCAGAACCAAAUGUUUCCCAGGAUUUUGACCACUUUCACUUGGAGCCAACCCACUGACCAGCCAGGUGGCACCCUUUUUGUUUAUCAUUUUAAAUUCAGGCCCGUGAUUUCCCCCCUCUUGCUGACUUUCAAUUCCUCUUGCGUUUUCUCUUUUAAAAAAAAAAUGUCUGACUCCCCAUGGCCAUGAGACUGAGGCUGACCUUUCAUUAACCCUCAAGGGUAACUAGUAUUUCUUUGUAUGCGUAGGUGUGUGAGAAAAUUCAAUGUGUGUACUGCAUUUAUGAAGCCCUCAAGGCAUUUAAUAAAAUAUCGACAUCGUGUUUUGAAUUAUGAUCUUUUUCUGCUUUAUUGGAACAAAACUUAACAGAGCUAACAUUGAAAAGCUUUCACAUAUUUGGACAAUAUUACACCAAUUGUUGAUUUUGUACAAAAUUCUGGCUUGCUAUUUAAGAAACUAAAACUCCAAGUGUAUAUCAACCCAAGUUUGUGAAUAUUGCUUUCUGCAUCCCUAUAAAAGCAGUUUAUCUGA